AUGAGCGAAGAGUUAGCGCAGGAUGACGACUAUGAUUUGGAGAAUAUCAGUCAUGCAUUGGAAGGUCUUGGUUACGAACAGAUAAAAUAUAGAAAUCCCGCACGAGAUCAUAGCGAGACUGAAAGAUUGCACGGUAAUGGGACUGCAAUAUUUGAUAUUGGGGAUGAACACGAUGGUGAAUGGGACGAUGAUGAAGAAUCAACUUUAAGGGCAAGUAGAAGAGAUAGUUCUGGAAGUCAUGAGUCACCACCUAGGCGUGACGAAGAAGUAACUCAUGCUGGUCAAGAAAUUUCGAAAUUAAAUUAA